GGUGUCUGCGCCACAACGGGGGCGUCAGCAAAGGUGUUUGAAAGCGAAUUCCUCGCGCUUCCCGAGCAACGCAUGUGCCGGCCCAUCUCUCCAAUGGACUGAAACACGCAUACAUCAAAAAAAGAAGGAAAGAAAAGAAAAAAGAGAAGGAAGAGGAAAGAAUCGCCCACCCGACUUUAGAUUUUCCUGCACAACGGCACGCGUAAAGCGCGAUGUGCCGAGCCGAACACGAUAGCUCGGCUCAGCUUUUGUUUGGGCAUGCUGUUAGGAACGCGAUGCCAUGUGCGAACCCAGCUGUGCAUCGAAACAGAGCACAUCCAAUUAAACGCACAAAGAGGGUGGACGUGAACAUCACUUGUCUUGUCGCUCCGCAGUUAGAUGGGGUGGAUGCGAAGUGGGAGCGGUGAAUCUGUCCUUGCUGCUUUCGGCGUUGCAGCUAUGAAAAAAAAAAACCCAAACACAGCAGUAACGGAGAGAAGGAGAGGGCGAACGCUUUUAGAGUGAGUUGUGACGCGUCGAUGGCCUGAAGCACAUCGAACCUCAACAACUUUCAAGCACAUCGGUAGCUUCUUCUUCUCCCCCCUUAUUCAUAAGUAGUCCCUGAGUCAACACUUAAUGUGGAUUAUAUGUGCGUAUAUCGAGUACGGUCGCAGCGUGUUCUUCGUUCACUCCUCCCCCCUCCUUUUUCUCCCCACCUUUGAAUGCGGCUUCCUUCGUUGUCUGCUGUAUCUCCCAUUUCUUCUCUCAGUUGUUGUAUCAUUUAUUUUCUAUUUCUCGAACUGCUAAACCCUUUCCCUUUCGCGUCAAAUGAGCUGCUUUGUUGUUGCGUAGAGCUCCGUAAGAAUAUCAUAACACAAGUGAUCCUGAACUCUACUUCCGUCUCCCGUGUGCGCGCCUGUGUGUUUGUGCCCCGUCGACUGUGCGUACUUCACACACCGCCGCUUAUAUAUAUAUAUAAUUUUUCUUCCUGUCUUCUUCUAUUCGCUUCUUCCUCCACCGCCGCCUGCCCCAGCAGACUUGAAAGCCAGCUGUGACUGAGUUGCUUGCGACUUGCGCCUAUUCGUGGAACUUUAGCCUUUUUUUUUGGUUAUGCGUGUGCUGCCUGGCGCCCCUCUUUUCUAUUGUUGCUCCCCAACGUACUAGAAUGCCAAGCGGUGCUGGUGCACGAGCCGCUGCCUCCUCCUCCUCCUCUCACCUCCCUCUCCGGCUGCAUUGAAUGUGAGGACUCCACCUUCUUUAUUGUUGUACCCCCCCCCCCGUCCUCCCAUACACACCACACCCCGUCAGGAAGGAAAGAGAGCACGAAAAUGGACAUCAACGGUACCAUCGUGGACUGCCGGCGGAACGGCACCGACGAAGUCGUCUUCCGCUUUCUCAUCCUCGACGCCCCCAGCCCCAGCAGCCUGCCCACCUACGUGAAGCUGCUGCAGCGGCACAGCGUCCACCACCUCGUGCGUGCUUGUGGGCCGACCUACAACACGGAGCUGGUGGAGAAGAACGGCAUCAAGGUGCACGGUUGGACCUUCGAUGACGGGGCCCCACCAACGCAGUCGGUGAUGGACAACUGGCUCGAUUUGCUCUCGAAGGAGGCGGGGAAGACGCCACCGGAGACGAUCGCGGUGCACUGCGUGGCGGGUCUCGGCCGGGCACCAAUCUUGGUGGCGCUGGCGCUGGUGGAGUACGGCAACAUUGCUCCGCUGGACGCGGUCGGGUACGUGCGGGAGCGACGGAAGGGGGCGAUUAACCAGGUGCAGCUGAACUGGUUGAUGCGCUACCGACCACGCAAUCAUCAGUCGAAUGACCGCUCGCUUGUCUGUGCGAACUGCACGAUGAUGUAA